AGGUUUGGAGGGAUUUUAAAUCGGUGAGACUGAGAAAGACGAUGUGAGACUGAGAAAGACGAUGUGGCGAGAUUGUGACUCCUUGUUCUCGGACGCAGAGUGGUCACUUUGGGGGAAGUCAUCAGGGGGAACAUCCCCCUCGUCCCCGGGGGAAGUUCUUCCUGGAGGAUUUCGGGUGCGGAGCGCAGCGUUGGGGGUGUGAGGGACUCCCCGCUUUGGCGCAGCGGCUUUCCGGAACGGCUGGCCGGGAAGGAAGUCCUAGGCAUUGUAAGGCGUGUUUGCAGAUGGGAAGGUCUUCUGGGCUGAGGUUCUUAAAACUUACUUGGCUUAUGGUGCACGGCUCGGGGCGGAAACGCGGUGGUGACCAGGUGGAGAACCUGCGCCGUGUCCCAGGGGCGGAGGACGCCGCCCGGCGACCGUCGUGUUCCAGCUCCCUGUGCCCUCUCGCAGACCCAGAUCCCAGUGCUGCGAGGCACGGUACUCGUCCCCGGAGCCCUGUUCCCUGCCCGGGUCAACUCUGGGAAAUGAGGAGGGCACCUUCAUCUUGAACUUGACCCUAGGGAUGGCGUCGUCCCUGAAGAGACAAAAGAGUGUCAAAAUGUUAAAGGCUGUGCUGAAGAAGAGCCGAGAAGGAGGAAAAGGAAGCAAGAAGGAAGCAGGAAGUGAUUUCCCUCUGGAGACUUCUUCAGUCCUGCCCCCUGGUCAUGGUGGUGACACUUCUGUGAGCAGUCUUCCUACAACAGAAGAUACCUAUCGGGUGAACUUGGCCAAAGGUGUCUCCAUGUCUCUGCCUUCAUCACCCUUGCUGCCUCGACAGUCCAAUUUGGUACAAUCAAGAUCAAACAAAAAAUCCCCAGGUCCCAUCAGGAAGCCCAAGUAUGUGGAAAGCCCCAGGGUGCCUGGCGAUGCAGUUAUAAUCCCGUUCAGAGAAGUGUCCAAGCCCACAGAGCCCAGUGAGAAUGAAGCAAAGGCCGAUAAUGAACCGAGCUGUUCGCCGGCAGCUCAAGAACUGUUGACAAGGCUGGGAUUUUUACUGGGAGAAGGGAUCCCAAGUGCCACACACAUAACCAUUGAAGACAAAAAUGAAACCAUGUGCACAGCUCUGAGCCAAGGCAUCAGUCCUUGCUCCACACUAACAAGCAGCACAGCAUCUCCUAGCACCGAUAGCCCCUGCUCAACCUUGAAUAGCUGUGUCAGCAAGACGGCAGCCAACAAAAGUCCCUGUGAGACCAUUAGCAGCCCUAGUUCCACCCUGGAAAGCAAGGACAGUGGAAUUAUAGCCACAAUUACAAGUUCAUCCGAAAACGAUGACCGGAGUGGCUCCAGUUUGGAAUGGAAUAAAGAUGGAAGCCUGAGGUUAGGGAUUCAGAAGGGAGUGCUUCAUGAUCGAAGGGCAGAUAACUGCUCCCCAGUGGCAGAGGAGGAGACCACGGGGCCAGCGGAAAGUGAGCUGCUCAAAGCGGAGUCCUCAGCUGGAGAUGGUCCGGUCCCUUAUUCUCAGAGCUCCAGCUCGCUAAUAAUGCCACGUCCCAACUCAGUUGCAGCGACAAGCUCUACUAAACUGGAAGACCUGAGUUAUUUAGAUGGACAGAGAAAUGCUCCCCUCCGGACAUCAAUUAGAUUACCAUGGCACAAUACAGCCGGAGGUAGGGCACAGGAAGUUAAAGCACGAUUUGCUCCCUACAAGCCACAAGACAUCUUGCUGAAACCCCUGCUUUUUGAAGUUCCAAGCAUCACAACGGACUCUGUGUUUGUGGGAAGAGAUUGGCUCUUUCACCAGAUAGAAGAAAACUUGAGGAACACAGAACUGCCAGAGAAUAGAGGAGCAGUUGUUGUUGGAAAUGUGGGGUUUGGGAAGACCGCAAUCAUUUCCAAGUUGGUGGCACUGAGCUGCCAUGGAAGCCGCAUGAGGCAGAUUGCUUCCAAUAGCCCCAGUUCAUCACCUAAAACAUCGGAUCCUGCCCAGGAUCUUCCUUUCACUCCACUGCUUUCACCGAGUUCUUCCACAAGUGGUCUCAAGGUGGCUAAAACACCUUCUGCCUCGAGUACUCCUGAAAACCAGAGACCAAGAGAGGAUGCGGUGAAAUACCUUGCUUCUAAGGUGGUAGCCUAUCACUACUGCCAGGCUGACAACACGUACACAUGCCUGGUGCCUGAGUUCGUGCACAGCAUCGCGGCUUUGCUCUGCCGGUCCCACCAGCUGGCGGCGUAUAGAGACCUUCUGAUCAAGGAGCCCCAGUUGCAGAGCAUGCUGAGCCUCCGCUCCUGUGUGCAGGAUCCUGUGGCUGCUUUCAAGAGGGGAGUGCUGGAGCCACUCACAAACCUAAGAAAUGAGCAGAAAAUUCCUGAAGAAGAAUAUAUUAUUUUGAUAGAUGGCUUAAAUGAAGCUGAGUUUCAUAAACCUGAUUAUGGAGAUACGCUUUCUUCUUUUAUUACCAAAAUUAUUUCUAAAUUUCCUGCCUGGUUGAAGUUGAUUGUGACUGUAAGAGCAAAUUUUCAGGAAAUUGUAAGUGGGUUGCCAUUUGUCAAGCUUUCGCUGGAUGACUUCCCAGAUAACAAAGACAUUCACAGCGACCUGCAUGCCUACGUCCAGCACAGGGUCCAUAGCAGUCAAGACAUCCUCAACAACAUCUCCCUGAAUGGCAAGGCCGACGCUGCCCUUAUCGGGAAGGUCAGCAGCCACCUGGUGCUGCGGAGCCUCGGCUCCUACCUGUAUCUCAAACUUACCCUGGACCUCUUCCAGAGGGGACACCUGGUCAUCAAAAGCGCCAGCUACAAAGUGGUGCCUGUGUCCCUUUCCGAGCUCUAUCUGCUACAGUGCAACAUGAAGUUCAUGACUCAGUCUGCCUUUGAGAGAGCGCUGCCAAUUUUAAAUGUGGCACUCGCGUCUCUCCACCCUAUGACAGACGAGCAGAUUUUUCAGGCUAUUAAUGCUGGUCACAUCCAAGGCGAACAGGACUGGGAGGACUUUCAGCAGAGGAUGGAUGCCCUCUCCUGCUUUCUCAUUAAGAGGCGAGACAAAACCCGCAUGUUCUGCCACCCAUCCUUUAGGGAAUGGCUUGUCUGGAGAGCAGAUGGGGAAAGCACAGCCUUCCUGUGUGAGCCCAGGAGUGGACAUGCUCUUCUGGCAUUCAUGUUCUCUCGGCAGGAGGGCAAGCUGAACCGCCAGCAGACCAUGGAGCUCGGCCACCACAUCCUAAAGGCGCACAUUUUCAAGGGCCUCAGUAAGAAGACCGGAAUCUCCUCAAGCCAUCUGCAGGCGCUGUGGAUCGGGUAUAGCACUGAGGGGCUGUCUGCCGCCCUCGCCUCUCUCCGAAAUCUCUACACACCCAAUGUGAAGGUGAGCCGUCUCCUGAUUUUGGCAGGGGCCAAUGUGAACUACAGGACCGAAGUGUUAAACAAUGCCCCCAUCCUGUGUGUCCAGUCUCACCUCGGCCAUGAGGAAGUCGUCGUCCUGCUCCUAGAAUUUGGUGCCUGCCUGGAUGGAAUAUCAGAGAAUGGCAUGACCGCGCUGUGCUAUGCGGCAGCGGCCGGCCACAUGAAGCUGGUGUGUCUGCUGACCAAGAAGGGGGCGAGGGUGGACCAUUUGGAUAAGAAAGGCCAGUGUGCGCUUGUCCACAGCGCCCUGCGGGGCCAUGGCGACAUUCUGCAGUACCUGCUGACUUGUGAAUGGUCACCGGGUCCUCCGCAGCCCGGUGCAUUGAGGAAGAACCAAGCCUUGCAGCAGGCACUGACGGCAGCAGCCAGCAUGGGCCACAGCUUGGUGGUCCAGUGCUUGCUGGGAAUGGAAGAGGAACAUGAAAUAGAAGUCAAUGGCACUGACACGUUGUGGGGAGAAACAGCCCUGACUGCCGCUGCAGGGAGAGGGAAGCUGGAGGUCUGCGAGCUGCUGCUGGAACGGGGUGCUGCUGUGUCUCGGACGAACAAGAGAGGGGUCCCCCCACUGUUUUGUGCAGCACGCCAGGGGCACUGGCAGAUCGUGAGGCUGCUGUUGGAACGUGGCUGUGACGUGAACCUGAGUGACAAGCAGGGCCGGACGCCCCUCAUGGUGGCUGCCUGUGAAGGACACUUGAGCACCGUGGAAUUUCUCCUUUCUAAAGGUGCUGUGCUUUCUUCUCUUGACAAAGAGGGUCUGUCGGCUUUGAGCUGGGCUUGUCUGAAGGGUCACAAGGCAGUGGUGCAGUAUCUGGUGGAAGAAGGAGCCGAGAUAGACCAGACAGACAAGAAUGGCCGCACACCGCUGGACCUGGCUGCCUUCUACGGUGACGCUGAGACCGUGCUGUACCUGGUUGAGAAGGGAGCUGUGAUUGAGCACGUGGACCACAGUGGAAUGCGGCCCUUGGACAGAGCCAUCGGUUGUCGAAACACCACUGUUGUGGUCACAUUGCUCAGAAAAGGAGCCAAAUUAGGAAAUGCUGCUUGGGCGAUGGCCACCUCCAAACCUGAUAUUUUGAUUAUACUUUUACAGAAAUUAAUGGAGGAAGGAAAUGUGAUGUACAAAAAAGGGAAGAUGAAGGAAGCGGCCCAGCGGUACCAGUAUGCCUUGAGGAAGUUUCCCCGAGAAGGACUCGGGGAGGACAUGAGACCCUUCAAUGAACUAAGAGUCUCCCUCUAUCUCAGCUUGUCUCGAUGUCGGAGAAAAACAAAUGACUUUGGUAUGGCAGAAGAAUUUGCUUCCAAGGCUCUGGAGUUGAAGCCCAAAUCCUAUGAAGCCUUCUAUGCCAGGGCAAGAGCGAAGAGAAAUAGCAGGCAGUUUGCAGCAGCCCUGGCUGACCUGCAGGAGGCAGUGAAACUCUGUCCCACUAAUCAGGAAAUCAAGAGGCUCCUGGCGCGUGUAGAAGAGGAGUGUAAGCAACUCCAGAGGAACCAGCAGCAGAAGCAGCAGUGCCCUCCGCCAGCCCCGCCAGAUGACUCGGAUAACGAAGAGGAUGUCCCAACCCCUGGGUUAAAUGACCACUUUCACCUCAAGGAGGCUGAAGAGGAAGACACUUCUCCACAGGAAGAAUCUAUUCCGCAGACUUCCAGGUCCCAGCCAUCUGCAUCUGUCCCUUCCCCAUUUAUCCGAAACCUUCAAGAAAGCUUCCAGUCUAAAGGCAGCCCGGUGUCGCCACCGAGUAGGGCAGGAGGCAGCAAGUCUCUGAGAGAGACUGUUGCUCAGCCAGGGCUGGUGAUGCAGCCCACGAAACAGGCACAGAUCGUGAAAACCAAUCAACACCUGGGUUCUGUGCAGUCUGCUGUGAGACACAGCAGCACAAAAACACAGGUCUCUUCUCAGAAUCCUCCCCCAAGUCCCAUGCCAGGAAGAGUCCCUGUAGCUGCCACCAGCAGCAGAAACCAGCAGGUGGAGGGACCAGGUGCCUUCACUGUGGGAGCCAGUUGUGGCCACUUCGGGGAUCGGCUGGGGCCCAGCCAGAAUGUCCACCUCCAGCGCAGUGAGAGUGGAGUAGCGUAUCCCUUACCAAGCAAGAUCAAAGCUGCCGAGAAGCUUCUGGCUCAUGCUUCUGUGGCUGUGGACGUGGCCCCUCCAAGCCAAGGCGGAGCUGGGAGCUGCAGUGAUGGGCGACACCCUGCCUCCCUUGGCAGCUCAGGCUCUGGCUCUUCCGGUUCUCCUUCCAGCAGCAUAAAGAUGUCAAGUGCAACCAGUAGUUUGACUUCUAGCAGUAGUUUUUCAGAUGGCUUCAAGGUCCAAGGACCAGAUGCUCGAAUUAAAGACCAGGGGAUAAGUCAGGUACAGAGUGGCACUGCUGAGCACAGGCCCCGCAGUACUCCAUUCAUGGGCAUCAUGGACAAGACUGCCAGGUUCCAACAGCAGGGCCAUCCUCCCCACCGUGCCUGGCACUGUCAGGUGGCAGAGGGGCUGCUGACACACACUUCGGCUGCAGCUGGCCUGCAGUCCACUAACUCAGAGAAACCCUCUCUCAAACAAGGAGGAGGAUACAGCAGCCAAGCCAAAGCCUGCCCUGUUUCCACCCUGAGUGGAGGUGUCCACAACGGGGCACAGGUGAAGGAGUUAGAAGAAAACAAGUGCCAAGUCCCAGCCCACUGUCAAGACAGCAGGAAAACUAAGAGCGUUUCUCAUCUGUAUCAGGAAAGUAUCUCCAAGCAGGCACCUCAUGUCAGCAGCGAAGCCCACAGGAGCCACCUCACUUCAGCAAAACCAAAGCGAUCAUUCAUAGAGUCAAACGUGUAACCUUAAAGAGACCCAUCAGUAGAAUUCAGAAAACAGUGUGUUCACUCCUGGUGGUAGUUAAAAGGUUUUUCAUGAUAAAAAUUACUUUUUAGCCAUAUUUUUUUCUUUCUUCCAGGGUGUAUCUGAUGCCAUUGACAUAUUAAAAAUGUAGGAAAAACUCCUGUAAUGAGUAGUUAGAGGUCACCAUAAAUAAAAAUGCUAAAAAAUUAAAAAUUAGCUAUACUUAUCAAGUUAAAAUUUCAAGACAGCCAAGACUACAUUAACUUACGCUUUUGUCUUGUGAUAUUAUUUGGUUUUUAAUCACUUUUCUUCUUGCCUUUGCUAUUUGGUAAACCACAGUACUUAGAUGGAAAACAGUGUCCAUUGUGGGUAAGUUUAACCCAAACGAUGUAUCCUGGGAAAGAUGGAAUUUUCAAGUUUUACUGUCCAUUGAGUCAAAUCACAAUUUUAUUUUUAUAUGUAUAAAUUAAGACCUCAGUGAUUUCUAUCUGAAUAUAAGUGUGAUGAUAAACAUGAUAGAUUUUUUGGUUAUUUUUUUGUUUAAGCAAAAUAUAAAAACAUUAAGUAUUAUUCCCUUCCUAGCAGUUCUUUUAAAAACAUUAAACAUUUAUUUCUGUAUUAUGGUUCUUAUUCAGAGUGUUUUUACACUGUACUUUUUUGGAACUAUAUUCAUGCUUCAAGGUGUUUUUGAUAGGUGGAAUCAGAAAAAAUUUUGGAAUAUGGAUUGGUGGUUAGAUCAGAUUUGAGCUUAAAAUACUAAGACCAGCAUUCCUAGUAGAGCUUUAGUGUCAAGUGAUUCUAAAACUGCUUCUAAAAAUGCUAACAUUUCUGAAACAAGUCUUCCAAAGUCCUUUUAGAUAAUAUUUAAGGAACUGGGAACAUAGCUCAACAGCACAGCGCCUGCCUAGCAAGCGUGAUGUCAUGAGUUUGAUUCCCGGUAAAGAAAAAAAAUAUUUAAAUUGGAUACUUAACGUAUGAGUGGUGGUUACCUUUGUUUUGUUAUACAGCCACUACUUCUUAGUCACAUGUUGUAUAUAUUACAUAGCUGGCCCAGUUUUAUUCAGACUUGUAAAUAUAACUAUUUCAACAUAGUUAAAUCAAUUAAAAGCAAAAACAAAGAACAAAACCCCAGCCAUAUAUUUGCAUGUUCUUUGUAAACUUCAUCCAUGCUGGUUAUUGCACUGAAUAAUAUGUUAUUAUGGCAUGUUAACAGUAUACCAGUAACGGCACUUUAUCUCAUUUAUAUAAACACCUAUGAGGUGCUAAAGUCCAAACUGAUGUAUUAUUAAUCUGUAAAGAUAAGGUACAGGAAUGAACCUUGCUUUAAAGGUAUUUUUAUAUGAAAAUGAUGUUUUGGAGGGUGCUAAAAUGCUAGUUUGAAAGAAGUGGGAAUGUGUUUGUUUUAUAUGUUGGGAUGUGAAAUUUAUUUUCAGAACUGGGGAGAAGGAAGUUCUAUAUUUGCAGACUGUUUUAGAAACAAGUAGUUACGAAGUUCCUAUGAACAUCAUUAAGGUUUUGUAUGAAUAGGUGUCAUUCUCAAACAUUGUUUCUGAGUAUGUAUACAGUGUACUUUGUACAAACAGCUUUCUCAUUUUUUAUAAGCUUUCCAUGAGUUCUGCUAUAACUACUAUGGCUUAUUUAUUACUUUCUUUAAUAUUUGUGAAAGUCUUACUCUUUUAUUAUGUAGUUUUGUUUCUGCACAACUACUGUACUUUUUCCAUAAGGAAUAAAAGCUAUUACUAGAAUUGA